UGCGCCUACGGAAUCGCAGUUUGACCCCGGAAGUGCUGGAUCUGUGGAAGCUGUCGCGGUGAAUUGCGACUGAACAUCACGGGUGUGGAGCCGGGGAGGAGGGUCACGCAGCACAAUGCCAGCUCUGCCCCUGGACCAACUCCAGAUCACCCACAAAGACCCGAAGACAGGCAAGCUGAGGACUUCAGCAGCACUGCACCCUGAGCAGAAGGCAGACCGGUAUUUUGUGUUGUACAAACCGCCCCCUAAAGACAACAUUCCUGCCCUGGUGGAGGAGUACCUGGAGCGCGCCAACUUCGUAGCCAAUGACCUCGACUGGCUCCUGGCCUUGCCUCACGAUAAAUUCUGGUGCCAGGUCAUCUUUGAUGAGAGCCUGCAGAAGUGCCUGGACUCCUACCUGCACUAUGUGCCCCGAAAGUUCGAUGAGUGGGUGGCCCCAACCCCUGAGGUUGCUGACAUGCAGAAGCACCUGCACCGAAGUGUUUUCCUCACCUUCCUUCGAAUGUCCACUCACAAGGAAUCCAAAGACCACUUCAUUUCUCCAUCCGCAUUUGGAGAAAUCCUCUACAAUAACUUCCUCUUUGACAUCCCGAAGAUCCUGGACCUCUGUGUGCUCUUUGGGAAAGGCAACUCACCACUGCUCCAGAAAAUGAUAGGAAACAUAUUUACCCAGCAGCCAAGCUACUAUAAUGACCUGGAUGAGACCAUUCCCACCAUACUUCAGGUCUUCAGCAAUAUCCUCCAGCACUGUGGUUUGCAAGGGGACGGAACAAACACCAUACCCCAGAAACUCGGGGAGAGGGCUCGGUUGACGCCCAGUGACAUGCCUCUCUUGGAAUUAAAGGACAUUGUUCUCUACCUGUGUGACACCUCCACCACACUCUGGGCCUUUCUGGACAUCUUCCCUUUGGCCUGCCAAACCUUCCAGAAACAUGACUUUUGUUACAGACUAGCUUCCUUUUAUGAGAUGGCGAUUCCGGAAAUAGAGUCUGCAAUUAAGAAGAGGAGGCUUGAAGACAGCAAGCUCCUGGGUGACAUGUGGCAGAGGCUCUCCCAUUCCAAGAAGAAGCUAAUGGAGGUGUUUCACACCAUCCUGAACCAGAUCUGUCUCCUUCCCAUUCUAGAGAGCAGCUGUGACAACAUUCAAGGCUUCAUUGAAGAAUUCCUUCAAAUCUUUAGCUCUUUGCUGCAGGAGAAGAGAUUCCUCCGAGACUAUGACUCAUUCUUCCCUGUAGCUGAAGACAUCAGCUUGCUGCAGCAGGCUUCAUCAGCAUUGGAUGAGACCCGGACUGCCUACAUCCUACAGGCUGUGGAAAGUGCAUGGGAAGGGGUGGACAGACAGAAAAUCAAGGACAUUAAAGACCCAUCAAGGGCCAAGGAUUCUAAUAACGGAGUCACAAUGACAGCAGAGCCAGUCGGUGAAAUGCCAUCAUCACAGCUGGAGAACUCGGAGGAGGAUGAGGAGUGCAUGGGUGCAGCAGCUGCCGUGGGCCCCGCCGUGAGUGGUGUGGAACUGGACUCACUCAUCUCCCAAGUGAAGGACCUGCUGCCAGACCUUGGGGAGGGCUUUAUUCUGGCCUGCCUGGAGCACUACAACUAUGAUUCAGAGCGGGUUAUCAACAACAUCCUGGAGGAUCGGCUGGCCCCUGAGCUCAGUCAGCUGGACCGAAGCCUAGAAAGACAAGUAAAGCCGGACCCCACACCCCUGUUGUCAUCGCGUCACAACGUCUUCCAGAACGAUGAGUUCGAUGUGUUCAGCAGGGACUCAGUAGACCUGAGCCGAGUGCACAAGGGCAGGAGGAAGGAGGAGACCGUGAGGAGCCUGGUGAAUGACAAGCAGGCUGUGGUGGCACAGUGGCAGCGCUACCAGAAGUACAGUGUGGUAGUGGAGGAGGUCCCACUGCAGCCAGGAGAAUACCAGGCUGAUGACUAUGAGGACGAGUAUGAUGACACAUACGAUGGCAACCAGGUGGGCGCCAACGAUGCCGACUCUGAUGACGAGCUCAUCAGCCGCAGGCCCUUCACCAUCCCUCAGGUGCUGAGAACCAAAAUGCCUGUGGAAGGGCAGGAGGAGGAGUGUGAUGAAGAGGACGAGGUUGAAGAGGAGGCCCCCAAGCCAGACCAUUUCAUUCAGGAUCCUGCAGUGCUGAGGGAAAGGGCUGAAGCUAGGCGUAUAGCCUUCCUCGCCAGGAAAGGGUAUCGACCUGAGAACUCCACUGCAGUGGCAGGUGGCCCCCGGGGCCAUGGGCAAAGCCGAGAAACAACCCAGGAGCGCAGGAAGAAAGAGGCCAACAAGGCAGCCAGAGCCAACCACAGCCGUAGAACCAUGGCUGACCGAAAGAGAAACAAAGGCAUGAUCCCAUCCUGAGGCCACAAGCUGCCUGGACCAGGGAGGCCCCUCAAGACCACCAUCACACCUCACCUACCAGCCAGCCGUGAGCGCCUUCUUGUCAAACACACAGUGCCUUAUCCCUUGGCGGGAACCUAGUGCCAUCGAGCAGGCUCUCUCCCAGCUGUGCUGGUGGGAAGGAUGGGGCUGCAGAACCAAAGUGUCUCUCAUCUCGGGCAGCAAGGCACCACCUCCAGAGGUCCCGGACGGCAGGAGACCUGUAUAUUCAGAAGCAACGAAAGGCCCAUGAAUAAAGUUUCUGACCUUCCAACAGUGCUCCGUGACAUGCUCCAGCCUUCUCCCUCUGUCCUUCCUCCGGGACACCAACACCUAAAAGACAAGAAGGCAGUGUCCCGUGCUCUGUUGACUUUCUAUGCUGGCCCGCUUGGGUCACCUCCUACUGCUGUUCUUCCUUGCUGUGUGUGUGACCUCUGUGCCUGUGAAGGAAGUGGCCAGUGUGAGGCCUGACGUCCCUUCUGUUGUUACCUCCUGUGCCUCCUCCUCAGGGGGUAGCUACUCUUGUCAGUUACAGGACACAUGAGGGGAGUGGGAUGUGGGAGCUGAGAGUGUUUUUAGGCCACAGGAAGGAAGUGACAGAGCAGGUCUUAGAAGCUGUCGACCCCUGGCAGUAUAGGCUCUAGAUCCAUGUAGAUUAUGUCAACCCCCAUGUCACAACUGGCACAAGGACACUUGGCCAGCUUCAGAGUGUCAUAGUUAUAAAUGUACUAUUAGCCACCACCCUCCCAAUGUAGAGACUGCAAGCCGCUAGAAAGUGAAGGUAUUGCUGCCAAACCCUGUUGAAGCGAGGACUAGGCUGGCUUCCAGAGCCCUUUCCUCGUGUGGCCCACUCUGCAGUGGGAAUCAGCUAACAGGUCUCCUGGGCUUAACUGCUGUGCAGGGGAUUGACAGUGGGGUCCUUGCUGGGCUGAUCCUGAUCCAGCAGGGCCUGGAAUCUUACCAACAGAUCUUUUAGACGCCAGGGACAUUGAUUUGCUUGUAGUUAGGGCCAGCAGGCAGACAGGUACUUGAUGGAUUGUUUUAUUAGGCCAGCCUGCGCAAGUGGAACCAAAUGCCAUCCCUCCGUGCCUGGCUGGCCUCUGGGAGCAUUUGAGAUACAGAGCAGGUACAGGGUGGGAUGGAUCCUGCCCUAGGGCUGCUGAAUUAGCUGAGAUCUGGCAGUUAGCCAUACUGACAGACAGCAGGAAAACUGUUUCCUCCUAGACGCACUUACCAGUGGCACAGUCCUGUCUCUUCUCCCUGACUAAACUCAGACCAAGCUGCAGUGUCUGAUGCAAGGCAAGUGGGCUUGGGAGCUCCUGGCCUGCGUCUGCCUUGCCUGCUGCUCUUCCUUGGAGCAGCCACAUCUGCUCUGGGCUGUCUGAUCCUUCAGCCACCCAGAGGACACCCAUGUUUCCCAGGAGCAGUCUGGCUGAAAGGACUUCGCCGUCUCCUGUUUCCUUGCACACUGGGCCAGAGCAAACAUACUGCCCCUGAGGAGCCGCUGCUGUGUCUUUCAUCCCUCCAGGACACCCUUUCAGGCGAACCAGUGCGAGCUUUCCCGUUAUCCCGUUCCUUCAGCCUCAGCGUUGGUGAAGUCCUGAAGGAUGAAUUCUGAGGCUGUUGCUCAGUAGGAGAACACUUGCCUGAUAUGCACAAGGCUUAGGUUUGUCCCUGGACUAUUUACAUAAAGGAAGUCCCCAAGGGAUUCCAAAUUUAAGAUUAGCAGCCCAAGAGUUUUGGAUGGGUGAACCAUUUGGUCCCUAGACCCACACCCCUGCCAGCCUAUGCGGGUAUUUUCCAAGUGCCUUUUCUGUGCCCUACAGAAAAUGUGACAGUCAUAGAUGUUUCUGGAGAAACUUUUUUAUUUAUUUAUUUUUUUGAGAAGGGUUUCUCUGUGUCAUAGCCCUGGCUGUCCUGGAUUUUGUAGACUAGCUUAGCCUCCAACUCACAGAGAUCCACCUGCCUCUGCUGGGAUUAAAGGCAUGCACCACCACUCUUGGCCCUGAGGAAACUUAAAAUCUUGUACCUCUAAAAGGAUACCAGACCCAAGUGUCAUCAUACCACGUCUAUGAAUGGUCAGCCACCAGAGCUUUUGUGCUCCAGUGAGACAGAACCGGAAAUGGAUUAUAAGAGACCUAAGAGCCUGUAGAGAGGGGCAGAGCAGGCAGUCUGCCCAUGGUGUCUUAGUAGUGGAUGCAUGUCCUUGUAAUGAUGCCCCAGCUGAGGCUGCAGGAGGAAACAGUUGGCCCAAGCCUGCAUGUCACUGCCCUACCAGGAGGUCAGAUUCAGUAACAGUGCCGAGAAACAAAACCAGAGUUAGACGUGGUGGCACACACUUAUUUCUUGGGAGGUAAAGACAGUUCAAGGAUAGCCCAAGCUGUAUGAGACCCUGUCUGUAAAUAAAGAGAAACCAAAUCUCUCUGAAGAACAAACCUAGAGGCAGAAUGCGUGAACGUAGUGUAAGGCCUUGUUUGUGAGAACGUUAAAGCUCCUUUUUGCACACAGACCAAGUGUGGCAGGAACUGCAUGCGUGAUGGUGGUGGGAGGACCAUGGUCCCUGCUGUUGGCAAUAAACAGGUUUCUGGAGUCUCA